GAACCAGCCCGACUCUGGCAAGCGAGUAUCGGAUUCUUACUGUAGUGGGAAGAGGCGCUGCGGAUUGGGUUUUUGUUUGCUGGCUUUUGAACGAAGGAUGGGUAUUAUGGAUUUUAAAUUCCUUUUAGGAGUUGCGUUGAUGUGUAUACUGCUGCCUUUGGAUGCGCUGGCUCAAGAGCCGCCAGGAACCUUUGUUAAUGAGUGUCGGGACCGACACUUCUGGAUGAAGACUAAAAGAAGCUUCUUAAUUGGAGGAAACUUCCGCUUCGAUAUCAUCGAUAACGACGGCAUUCACACUCUGGAUGACAGCUACGCGGCGUCCUGUGGCUUUACCUACAGCUUUAAUAUCCAGGGUGAUCUGAUCUUCAGAGCUUCUUUCCUUGCCUGCCACGUCUCCAGCAAAAAUGACGCAGAGUUUGGCUUGAGGUUCCGUUUCGUGCGCAUCGACCAGUUCGGCAGAGAGACCUACUACCCGUUCUCUAUGAGCUGCAGUACGGCCCAGCCGUGGUACCCCCGCGAAAUCGUGUGCGAGGAGAACUACAUGGAGAUAUCUGUCAGGAGAAAUGUCCCUGAGAUUGCCCAUGAAGGAAUAGGCACUGAAGACUGGCCAGCUGCUGUCCCUGCAGCCCAGGAAGCCUUCAUGUCGGUGUGGCAGGUUGUGUUCCACAAGACUGGCCAGCCGGCAAAACCCAUGGAUCCCUCCCUGGCUCACUCUCGGGGCUACAGAAUCAACUCCACCUCCACUAGGAUCCUCUUCCGCUCCCCAUUUAACAUGCCUGAAUCGGAGAUGCUAACGGUUAAUGGAAUCCAGGUGGAAGCAAUCAGGGCAACUGUCUUCUACAAGCAGAGGUGGAUGGUGCUGUUGGUGGACACUUCUGCUGCCUGUACCAAGAAUAAUGGCACUUUUGAUGGGAUGAACUUGGCCUGGGUUUCCCCCAGAGUGCUCUCUCCACUGGUGCUGCAUAUUGAGAAGUUCCAGGACAAGGGUAUUUCCAUGGGUGUGGAUGGGAAGCUGCUCGACCUCGCUACUAUCCGAAGAAGGAACUAUGACCUGAAAGUCAACGAGACCUUCAUACAAAUCUCCAUUCCUUAUGGUGCGGAGGGUGGCUACCUGAAGAGUCGUGUCAUAAAUAACCAGUACAACCGGGUCUAUGCUAUUGACCUGUACCUUGAGCACCAGUGGGCAGAUGACCAGUGGGAAGCGACCCAGCACCGCUCCUUCAAGCCAGUCCGUACCCCCUUUAUUGCUGAGACCCCCUUUGUCAUCAACAAUACCAUCCCAGAAGAAAAGGUCUUCACAGUGACCCUUGGCAUCUUCAACCCUGACGUUGAGCUGAAGAACCUGACCAUCAAUGGUGUUCCUCUGACCCUUCCUGAGGCCGUCAACCAAGGCAUUGUGGUCACUGAGGUCCAGCACCCCAAUGGCACCAAGUCUUUUGUCCUGAAGGUCCCCUUCACCCACCCACUCAUCCCACAGAAGUACGUUGGCGAUGGUGUCCGGGAGUUCACCUUGAAUAUCAACUACACCUUGAACAUCCUCCCUGAGAACGAGCCUUAUUUCCACCCAGCAACCAUCGUGUGUCAGGUUAAGGAUGUCAUACUUCCUGUGAUCAAGGGCUCUUGUACUGAGAACAGCAUAGUCUUUGAAGGGACCCGUGGGAACAUGGACUACUUCUGGGUCGUCUACAUUGGGAAGUACCAGCUAACCUCUGAGCUGGCAGGAAACCGAGGCUACAUAUUCACCAACCUGACCAAGUUUAUUGUGGAGGUGCCACUCUUCAGUGUUGGCUGCAUCUAUGAGGAUAUCUCUCUCAGAGGCCUCUCUGUUCGAGUAGAACUGACCCUAAGGAGUGCUGCAACACUAGAGGUAGUGCUGUCAUCCAUACAGCGCUGUCAAUUUCCUACCAAGCAGCUGCUAGUGUGCAUGCCUAAUGGUGUGAUGACGGUGGUGGCUGUGACCAUGGAGCCCAUACCAGUAGUGGAACCCAGCAAGACCACCCUGCUGGACAAGAGCUGCAAACCCAAAGAGUUUGACUCAACCAGGGCUCUCUUCACCUUCAGUGUGAACACCUGUGGGACCAGGAGCAAGAUUGUGGGUAACUACCUGAUCUAUGAGAAUGAGGUGGUGUAUACCAGAGCGCUGUUCCCACCCAAUGCUCCAGUCAUCACUAGAGACUCUGAAUACAGGCUGACCAUUCGUUGCCGCUACCCACUCAAUGACACCGUGAAGCUACUAGCGGAAAGGAAGGCUGUCCCUGCCCCCUACUCUGGCAAAGGGCUUGGAUCCCUGGAGUUCAAUCCUUACAGCCAAGGCAGUGGAGGCAGUAAGAAAUUCGGAGGUGUCCUGGAUCUCAAGGCCCGUAUAGCGAGAGAUGUGUCCUACUCCCAGUUCUACUCUGCGUUCCCCGUGUCCCAGUCUAUGCUGGAGCCCGUGUUCCUGGAGGUUGAGCUUCUGCACGCCCAGAACCUGUCUGACCAGCUCAUCCUGCAGGACUGCUGGGCCACUGAGACCCCUGAACUGGAUGCCAGCCCUCAAUGGGACCUGGUCACUGACAGCUGCCUGACCAGUGGAGACUCCUACAAGACCCAGUUCCACCCAGUGUCAGCCAGCACUCUCACCAAGAGCCCCCACCACCUCCAGAGGCUUGAGGUCCAAGCUCACUCUGAAGACCAAGUCCUCUGGAAACAGGUGUACUUGCAUUGUCUAGCUGUGGUCUGUGAUUCUGAGAAGGCGGUUGCCUGCAGUAAGACCUGCAUCGCUGGAGUGAAGAGAUCAGCCCGUAGUGUUGAGCUGGCAGACUCUGUCAAAGGCUACAUUUCUGCUGGACCAGUCCAAAUUGUACCAGAGGGGGGAAUUGCUGGUGUCAAGGCAGUAGGUGAGACUCCUCUGGUCCCUUAUAUUCCAGUCUUGGGAGUUGCAGUGGGAGUCCUUCUACUUGUUGUUGUGGUUUUUGCUGUUAAAGCUAUGAGAUGUUAAGUUUCUAGUUUUAAUAAAGAUUUUGAACUGUC